UUGAAACAGAUAUUCUGUGAUGCUAAGCAAAUCAUCCAGGCCACAGACUUAUUGGACUGGGAGGAUAAAGAUGUUGCAGAUACUUUGGUUGCUAGUGUAGUCCAUUCUCGGAUCGUCAAUCCGUUACGCCUUUUUGUAAAGCCCUCUCCAACAAUGAAACAUGGGCGGAUGCCAUAUUCAGACAACACAGACAACUUUUGGGAUUGGCUAUCCAAUAUCACUGAAGUUCAGGAAUCUCUGGCACGAACUAAACGCAGACCAAUUGUGAAAACUGGAAAGUUUAAAAAAAUGUUUGGAUGGGGCGACUUCCAUUCUAACAUCAAAACUGUGAAGUUGAAUCUUCUGAUAACAGGGAAGAUUGUCGAUCACGGCAAUGGAACCUUUAGUGUUUAUUUCCGGCACAAUUCAACAGGCCUUGGGAAUGUUUCUGUAAGCCUGGUGCCACCUUCCAAGGUGGUGGAAUUUGAAUCUUCCCCUCAAUCAACUCUAGAGACUAAGGAAUCCAAGUCUUUCAACUGCCGAAUUGAAUAUGAGAAAACUGACAGGGCUAAGAAAACUGCACUGUGUAACUUUGACCCUUCAAAAAUCUGCUACCAAGAGCAGACCCAAAGCCAUGUGUCCUGGUUAUGUUCUAAACCAUUUAAGGUCAUCUGUAUUUAUAUUGCUUUCUACAGUGUUGAUUACAAACUAGUGCAGAAGGUCUGCCCUGAUUACAACUACCACAGUGAGACACCAUAUUUAUCCUCUGGAUGA